AUGCAGCAUCCGAGUGACCAACCUACCUAUAUGCCAGAGGUACCCUUUCAGCCACUGUGGGGUCAGGAGGCGCCACCGCCGCCGCCGCCCAUAGUUCCCUACCAAGAUCUCAUUGCAGGUUUCCCCUGCUCCGAUUUAUCACUCUGGCAAAGAUCUCAGGUGACUCCACUCGUCAAUCAGCGUCCAACAACCAAUGGCCGCUCGCACGGCUCCACCUCCUCCAGUUCGAAGAAAACGCGACGCCGCGUAGCUUCCAUGGCCCAGAGGCGGGCUGCGAAUAUUCGUGAACGCCGUCGCAUGUUCAACCUAAACGAAGCCUUUGACAAGUUGCGACGGAAAGUGCCCACMUUUGCCUACGAGAAACGGCUGUCACGCAUUGAGACCCUGCGGCUGGCCAUCACCUACAUUGGCUUCAUGGCGGAGUUGUUGAACGGCACACCCUCUAAUAGCCACAAAACCCGCUCGGACAUGUACGGCGGUAUGAAUGGACAUCAUCAUUCAGGGAGUGUGCCACCAGGUCCUCCAAUGCAUCCCCAUCCCCAUUUGCAUCCGGCGGCCUAUCAGCGUGACUUUGCCUCGCCUUACAAUCACAGCUUGACGUAGGAUGAAAUCUAAAGAGGAGUAUAACAAUAUUAUAUAAAGUUCUCUGUUACUAU